GAAAGUCUGAAACCCCAAAAAAACCAAAGAAAACAAAAUAGAAAAUAGUUGGAAAAUGGUGGGAUUUUCCUCCUCUUUCUGCUGCGACUUUUCUCUGUGUCAAACUCUCAACUUUUCUCUCGCUCUCUCUCUCUAGAUUGGGAACUGUCCAAAAACCUCAGCAACUCAAGAAACCACUAAAAAAAACCCCAUCAUUUUUCAUUUUGUUUUUUGUUUUUUCUUUUCAAGGUUGUGUUCUGCACCAAAAAGACAAGCCCAGAAUACUACUGGUCUUCACUUGUUUAAUUGGUUAAGGUGGAGCUGAAUGUUAUAAAACGAGUUGGUAAAUGGUAUUUCAAGAAGCCAACCAACUUCUUAGCUUUGUUAGUUAUUGUCAGUCUGAUUUGAAGAAGAAUUUCAGCUUUGUACAUCUGGAACCAAUGUGGACAAAAGCAUAUCUUACUUGUCCUUCUACUUAAAAGCAUCACCUCCUAGGUUCAUAAUUUAUCUUGCUAUCUCUACUAGAGGAAUACCGUGUACUCCAGGCAUACGAUGAAUGGAGUUCAAAGCUUUCCAUGAGUUCAUAGGUUUAUAUAUCAUGCUCCAUGAAAACGUAAUUAGAAGAGCAUUCUAAUCGUUCGGGAUGGAUAUUAAGGAAGCAGAGAGAAUAGUUAUUGCUAAGCCAGUUGCUUCAAGGCCUACUUGUUCCAGUUUUAGAUCUUUCUCAGAACUUCUCGCAGGCGCAAUUGAUGCCUCGCCUUCUAAUGUAUGCGCCGAAACUGCAGUUACUGCCAUUAGACCAAAGACAGUGAGGUUCAAGCCAAUGGUGAAUCAUGCUCCAGCUGGAUUGGUUUCUUCCCAGGCUGAGGUCUCUGGAACAGCUGUUUGUAACUCAUCUGACAAGGUUUCGAAAUUUGAUAGCAAAUCAACUGUGAUAUACAAACCAUUGGCUAAACUUGUAUCGAAGACAACUGUUUCUCUCUUGGCAAAUAUGGGAAACUUCAAUACUAGCCAUCAACAACUACAACCAUCAGUUGAGGCCUCUGUCCAACAUCCAAGCCAAGAUAAACAAAAUUUCAGAUCCCAAAUUACCUCGAAUCUUCACCAGAACAUUCCAUCACAUGUUGAAACAAAUCAGACAGUCGGGCCCUCAAAGGUAGCAUCCCAGAACAUGGAGGAGGAGCCAAAAUCUUUGCCUAUCACAGCUAAUGCUGAUAGACCUUCUUAUGAUGGAUAUAAUUGGAGGAAAUAUGGCCAAAAGCAAGUCAAAGGAAGUGAGUACCCAAGAAGUUAUUAUAAGUGUACGCAUCCAAAUUGUCCUGUGAAAAAGAAGGUUGAGAGAUCGUUGGACGGUCAGAUUGCAGAGAUUGUCUACAAGGGUGAGCACAACCAUUCAAAGCCUCAACCUCCUAAGCGCAACUCGUCGGGGUCACAAGCAGUAGGAUUUGUAUCUGAUGGGCCUGUUCAAGAUACUAACAUUCCUUUGUGGGCUAAUCACAACAAUGAAGGAAAUGAAGGGUCUGAAGGUAGAGUUGAAAACCAGAAUGAAGUAGGAUUAUCUUCACGUUUGACUUAUCAGGGCAAUGCUCCACUGCCUUACGAUCCUGUAGCAACUGGAGUAACUAAUGCUGGUGGUGGAACUCCUGAUAAUUCCUGUGGUCUUAGCGGAGAAUGUGAAGAAGGGAGCAAAGCAACAGAGCCAGAGGAUGAUGAGCCCAGAAGUAAAAGAAGGAAAAGUGAGAAUCAAUCCAAUGAGGCAGGCGUAUCAGGGGAAGGCGUACAAGAGCCCCGCGUUGUGGUGCAAAACUCCACGGAUACCGAGAUUAUGGUUGAUGGCUUUCGCUGGAGGAAAUAUGGGCAGAAGGUUGUCAAAGGAAAUCCUUAUCCCAGAAGUUAUUACAGAUGUACCAGUCUCAAAUGCAAUGUGCGCAAACAUGUGGAAAGAGCAUCAGAUGAUCCAAGAGCUUUUGUCACAACAUACGAGGGGAAACAUAACCAUGAAAUGCCAGUGAGGAACACAAAUCCAGUGGCCUCUGAAACAGAGCCACAGGCUCCUAAAAGUAAAGACAAGCGGUGAUUGAGAGACCGUGGAUUGGAAACUUCAACAACCCCAUCAUUUUAAUCAGGCAAAGUAGGGUCAGGUAGAGUUCAAGGGCUUCAGCAGCCAGACGGCUAAAGCAAUCUGCAAUGGUGGAUAAUUUUUCCUUGAAUCUCAUAGCUUUCUUGAUGAAGACAGCUUUUUUGUUUUCCCUCCUUUCGUGAGCAACUUGGACCAUCUUAAAAAGCAGUCCUUUUAAAGCCUUCUUGAUGGAUCACUGAGCUUAUGAGUACAUUCUUUCACUUUUUUAAUUGUUUUCCACUCCAUAUAAUAAGUAGAGACUUGCAUUACACAUCCAAUGUAAUGUAUAUGUGCGCUUUAAAUUACAAACCUUCUUCAACA